AUGAGCCGACCUGCCAGCAGUCUUAAUGAAAUAAGGGUCAACCAAAAUGAAGAACCACAGGUUGACCUCUCUGUGUUCACCAAAACUCACGUCGCUGCGAUGAAUCCUGACACAAGGCUAUUGUCCGCCUUCAAGACAGACACUCACGCCAGCAAAGUUUACCUGGCAGGGAGAGAGUAUUUCGGUGAAGAGGGGCAGACCUUCGAGCCUCGUCUCAUAGGGAAAAUUAAGCAACAGCUGAGCACCGAUCCCACUUUGCGUCCAGAGUAUCCAUCUUCCCUUGGUCUGACAGAAUUCACCAGGCGAGCCACAGAGGCUGCUUUGGGCAGGGGAUCUAAGGCUAUAGUGGAAAACCGGAUGUUAGGUGUCCAAACUCCUGGUUUCACCAGUGCUGUACAUCUUGGAACUGAACUCUUGAGACAGUGGUAUGAUGUCAGUACUGCUUGGGACGGGCCGGUCUACCUCUCUUCCCCUUGUGACAACUCAUUGGCUGCUAUCUUCCAGGCGGCAGGGAUUCAAGACAUCCGUGAAUAUUAUUACUGGGAUGACGAGCAGCGGGCUGUUUGUUUGGAGAAGCUUCUGGGGGAUCUGGAGAGGGCUCCCGAGCGAAGUGUUGUUGUUCUGUCAGCCUCUGCUCACUACCCAACGGGAGCAGACCUCUCUCCAAAUCAAUGGGCCGUGAUCACACAACUCGUCAUGAGGCGUAGGCUUUUCCCUUUCCUCUUGCUGCCUGCACAGGGGCUUUGCUAUGGAGAUUUAGCGAGGGAUGCCUGGCCUGUACAGUACUGUGUGUCACUGGGGAUGGAGCUCCUUUGUGUUCAGUCGUUCUCCCACUGCUUUGGACUAUAUGGUGAUGCGGUCGCACACCUCCUGUGUGUCUUAAAGCACAACUCCCUCCUGUUAGCGGUGCAGUCUCAAGCUGACAAAAUAGUCAGAUCACUGUGGGCCCAGCCAUCUGUUGGAGGAGCGCAUGUUGUUGCCACUGUACUCAGUAACCCAGCCCAUCUUGUUGAAUGGCAGGGAGAAGUGAAGCGCAUUGUGCAAAGAUGUAUGCUCAUCAGAGAAGUCUUGAGAGAAAGGCUGAGGCUUCUGGGAUCUCCAGGUUGCUGGGACCACCUGACUCAACAAAAUGGACUCUACUGUUGCACAGGCUUGAAUGGUCAGCAGGUGGAAUAUCUGAAAAAGAAGAGACACGUGUACCUCCUUCCCAAUGGCUGCCUAAACAUGAGCGCAAUCAACGGCCGUAACCUGGACUAUAUAGCUGAGUCCAUCCAUUUGGCUCUGACCACUUCACUCUGA